AUAAGAGCUGACAAAAGAGAAUAUUCAACAUUUUUUUAAGAAUCACGUUUAUUAAUUAAAUAAUAACAGUACAACGGUCUUUACCCACCUGGCCAUAAACGCUAUCUGUCCAAAGCAUUCAAAACCAUAAAUUGUUAUAAUGUUCCUCUUCGUAACCAUUGCUGUACUGUGCCUGUUGUUGACCAUUGUAGGCGACCUGGUUAAAUUGUUACAACUGUCGAAAAUUUUCCGAUGCGUUUCUGGUUCUGCCUCCAGUGAUGAGUUGCAACAGCAGCUAAAAGAGGCCCGUGAAAAGGUUGAACGCAUUCGCCAAGGUUCGGCUGGAACAAGUCACUACACUUACACUGUGAAAUUAAUGCGUGCCGAAAAUGAAUUAAAAACUAUUCAGGCCAAAUUGCGCAGUGAAGACAAUAUGCUGCGUUUAAAAGGUGCCUCCGUUGAACUUGUGGUGGGCUAUCUACUGAAAGGUAUCCUUUCACUGGCACUCUUCAUUAUUACAGUACGCAAUCGUUACGCACCGGUUAUAGUGUUUAAUGAAAAUAUUAGCUUUGAACCACUUGGAGGGCUAUUGAGCUUCCCAACAGGUGUUCCCAAUGCAAUAUCUGUGCCGUUUUGGGCAUUAUCCUGCAAUAGCGCAUUCCGAUUGAUCCUCAACGCACUCAAGGGAAAGUGAUUGUACUGGUUUUGGCAAUAUCAUUGGCAUUUGUUUCGGUAGCAGUGAAUUAGAAAAUAAUAUAAGAUUGUUUAUAUGUGUAUGUACAUAUGUAUAUGACUAGAAAUUGUUUUAGCUUUAUUGUGGUACAAAGCAGAUCAUUGUACUUUUGUCCCAAUAUAAAUAGAACGUGGAGAAGAUCUGAACUGCCAUAAAAAUAUUGCAUUUCAUACGUUUUCAUUAAUUUAAAGGGUAUAAGUUUAUUUAUUGUGAAAUAGUUUGCAGUCCAAUAGAAAAUAUUUUUAUCGAACAAAAUAAAAUAAACUGAUUAAAGUUUUCUAAAAAAA